UUUCAUGCACAUCAUAGAGUGCGAAUAUUCCGAUCGCUCGUAAGAUGCGGUUAGAAAAGAUGCCACAGUACUGCUGUGAUUUCAAAAACAACACUAUAAAUGGAAGCUCUAUCGAAGGAAACAUGAGUGUUUCACGAUCUGUGGACAGAUAYGUAUAUGGUUCUGUCAUGUUCKUCAUUUUAACAGUCGGYUUUGUUGGUAACGUGUUUACAAUCGUCGUCUUUCGACGAAAACAGCGUCGUUCUCAAAUCAUUUCACCUUAUAUUAUCAACUUAGCCGCUGCGGAUCUCUUUAUCAUCGUUUUCGGAUACCCGGUAGCUGUGAGCGCUAACUUAUCCACUCGCAAGAUCAUUGCGGGUACGGCAAAGUGUACGUGGUCCGCUUUUGUCAAUGGGUCUGUUGGUAUUGCUUCUAUUGCAACAUUAACUGAAAUAAGUGUGGUAAUGUGUUAUACAAUAACUAAGACUAUAUCUCCAGAGCUUAAAAAGUUUUCUACUAAGCUACAAGUAUUCUCCAUUGCUGGUUCUUGGGUAUAUGGGAUUGUUGUCAUGGUUCCACCAGUUUUUGGCUGGAGCAAGUUUGUGCCAGGUUCGGCUGGGAUCAGUUGUUCUCCUGAUUGGGUAUCAAAGAGUGCUCAAGCGAUGUCCUACAACAUUGCGCUCAUGGCGCUGGGAUUUGUSUUUCCACUUGUAGUUAUCUCACAGAGUUAUUAUAGAAUAUACAGGUCACUGGAAUUAAACAGCAUGCUCAAAGGACAAACAGCUUUACACGUUCGUCGAAGAAAGUCUCAAGUAAAAGUUGUUCGUAUGAUAGCUGCAUCUGUGUUGGCUUUCGUCCUCAGUUGGUCGCCAUAUUGUGUUGUGUGCUUAAUAGCUAUGAUUAAACACGAGUAUAUUAUAAGCAGUGGCGAAGCCGAGAUCCCUGAACUUAUGGCCAAGGCGUCGGUCAUCUAUAACCCUUUCGUCUACAUAGCUAUGAACAGAGAGUUUAGAAAAACAGUUAAAAAGAUCGUAAGUUGUGCUUCAAGCAGUCAACAGAGUCUGUACGGCAAAGUACACACGCUUCAAAGAGAAGCGUAACUUUAGGGAUGUUGCCGGACCAUUGACGAAAAAGGAAAAUAAUAUUUAAGACUGAUGCUGAAAUCAUUUUUGCAACAUACCAGUCAAAAGGCAAACCAGCAGAUUUUGGCAGCAAACGGGGCUUGCAUGCGCGCAUGUAGUAGUUGCGAGUAGAAUUUACGUUUUUGUCAGCUGUAAUUUUCAGAUUAACGUUAUUAUUUUUGGAAAAUCCUGAAACGUGAGAUCACUUCAGAGGAUUUCAUACGAGUAAACAAGAUUUUGUGUGCAUUUUGGAAAAAAAUCUCAACAGACUGAGAGAAGGAAUCACCCAGGGUUGCGACAAUGUCUUUUUUUAAUUAUUAUUCAAUUUUCUUGGAGCAAGAUCGUGUUACUUGUUCCUUAAUUUSUUUUCAAACUUUUAUAUUCGAGUGUCGAUCGGGCAAAUUUUUAAUGAAGGAAAUAUAGGGUUUGAAAUUUAUAUUCAAAGGGAAAAAUCUUGCAACUGUACUUUACUUAUUUUUUUUUCAUUGCGCGCGUAAGCGCACUAAAGAGCGCAUGUUUGCAUGCUGCAAAAUUCAGCUGAACAAGAGCAACAUACGUAGCAAUAAUG